AUGCCGUGCUCCGGGAGUUGCACAGGUCUCGGAAAUCAGCUGAGUAAUUCUGUCAAGCCCCGCGACUUUUUGGUCUUUCUGGUGGAAUCUAUUGACUCAUAUGUUCUCGUAAUCAACACCAAAAUCCACCUGGGUGCCAAGGUGCUUAGUGAUGUAAGGCUGACACUAGGCAAGGGUAUGCUCGCAGUCGUGACGGGCUCCACGGCAUUCCUGGCUUACCGAAUUCCGGUCGCGACCAAACUGGAGGAGGAUGCCGACCAUGCGAGCAUCACUUCGGUAACUUAG